UAGUAUUUUGCUCUUAAUUUUUAAGCUAUGCUGUCUCUCAUAAGAUCAGCCAGCCUCAAAUAUCUCUUUUACAUGUAAAAUUUAAGGAUUCUAGAGGUCAGGGGAAUAGGAGGUGAGAGGAAUGUCUGUUAUGUUUUUACCCGGAAUGAUGUAGAUGUUUCCAAUUUCCCCCACUUCCUUCCAUAUCCUUCCUUCAGCCUUUGCAGUGGACUGUGAAGGCAGAAGACCUUCAGGAGGAAGUUAAUUUCAUUUUUUUUUUCAAAUGUAGGUGAAGGCUUAUCUCUGCUGUUGGUGACAUGGGAGCUGAAAGCAAUGGAAGUCUUGACCUAUCCGUCUUCCUGACUGGCAUCCCAGGAUUGGAGGCCCAACAUGGCUGGCUUUCCAUUCCUUUCUUCACUGUGUAUAUUGUGGCCAUUGUGGGUAACAACCUAAUCAUGGCAGCAGUGCAGGCAGACCCUGCCCUUCACGAGCCCAUGUACUUGUUUCUCUCCAUGUUGGCUGUGACAGAGGUGGGUGUUUCUGUGUCUACACUGCCCACUGUCAUGGGUAUUCUUUGGUUUGAUGCCCGCCAGAUUGACCUGGAUGGCUGCCUGGCUCAGAUGUUCUUCAUCCACACUUUCUCCUGCAUGGAAUCAGGGGUCCUGUUGGCCAUGAGUUAUGACCGCUUUGUAGCCAUCUACAGUCCACUGCGAUAUACAGCCAUCCUAACCCUGCCACGUAUCAUUUGCAUGGGUCUGGGCAUCACACUGAAGAGUGUGAUGCUCAUGGCCCCACUUCCAGUCCUUUUGAAACAACUGCCCUAUUGCCACACCAAUGUACUCUCCCAUUCCUACUGCCUCCACUCAGACCUGAUCCAGCUGCCUUGUGGUGAUACGAAGCUCAGUAGCAUCCUGGGUUUGGCCAUCGUCCUGGCCACUUUUGGGCUGGACUCACUGCUUAUCAUUGUCUCUUAUGUGCUGAUUCUUUACACAGUGCUGGGCAUUGCUUCUGGGGAGGGACGGCGGCAGGCCCUCAACACGUGUGUGUCACAUAUCUGCGCAGUGCUCAUGUACUAUGUGCCCAUGAUUGGUGUGUCUGUGAUGCAUCGUGCUGCCAAGCAUGCCUCACCCCUGGUCCACACACUCAUGUCUAGCGUCUACCUCUUUGUGCCUCUUGUGCUCAACCCCAUCAUCUACAGUGUCAAGACCAAGCCAAUCCGACAGGGGAUUUUCACCUUGUUCUCCUGCAAGAGGAAAUUGCUCUGAAUCCCUCCAAUAGGGCAGAGACUUUGGGUCCAUCUAUAAACUGAUGGUGUUUCUGCUGUGGGCCGGGCUGUACAGCAGAAAUUUAGUGGAGGAAUAGGAAUGAGGGAUUCUAAGCAUUGUCACAGGCUUGACCUUGGAUCACAGGUGUUCUCCCUAGUCCUUUUUAUUUCACAACUUGUCAACAUGUGUGGGUCUCUGCAUGUGUGUACAUGCACGUCAGAUGUAAUCAGUGUGAAGGCAGAGAUAGUGAAUUUCAUUUUUCCAUUUCCCCUCAAAAGUCCCAGCAAAAAGCCUGAUAACUAGCAAGAUAACAGUAAAGACUUGAGACCUAAUCAUGUUUGAAUUGAGGUGAAACAAAUUGCUGCUUUUGAUAAGUUAGGCAAGGAUUAAGAAUAUACCCCAAGCAAGAGAGAUCAUCCUAGGAACAUGCUUUUGAGUAAGGUGAGCAUAUUUUCUGGUUUGCCCCAGAUAAUCAUGGUUUACACUUACUUUCCUGAGCAUCAUUAUCAGUAGCACUCCCUUUCCCUCCCCCAAAAUGUCCUUGUUUAAACAAUACAUUGUAUGGGAGCUUAUAAAGUAGUUUCCUUCCUGUCAUGGAAGGAAUCAGACUCUCUGUACCACCAUCUAAGGGCCUCCACCCUAAAAAUUUAUGUACUAGGAGACUCUGAGAUUGAGGAACAGUUGAUUAAAUUCCCUCAUUUUAGGCAUAAAGUAAAAUAGGGACAAUCUCAUAAUGCCCAGGUUUUAGAUCCUAAGACUCUUAGCAAAAGACCCAAAUUCUCUCUAGUAGAAUCUCAGACCCUAUCUUUAGGGCUUAGUAGGUCUGGGGUACUGUACCUGGUUAUUCCUGUUUUUCUUUCCUCCCUUCCCCUUAGCCUUCAGUAACCUCAGCAUGCCAUGUGAUGGGAAUAUAUAUAAAUGUUUGUUUAUUUUGUUUCCCAUGUGAUGGGAAUAUAUAUAAAUGUUUGUUUAUU